GAUUCUUUAAUGCAGCAUCUUGAAUAAAGAGAUAAUUAUUUCUCUCACAACAUUUGAUAUGCAAAGUUUAUUAACAAAAUCUUAAGCAUGGCAACUACAAUUAGUAUUUUUCGUUCUAUGGGCUUGCGCUUACGCAGUAAAGUUGCUGUCUUCAUUUCCUUGGAUUAUAAAAUAUUUCAAUGAGAAACAAAUCUAAAAAGUGCCUAAAUAGUUAUACAAACAAAAAUAAAACAAAUAUUUGACAAGUGUAGGAACAAAUGAUACGAUAUGUAGUGAAAUUUGCAUUAAAUAUAUCCAAGAUUGCCUGGAUUUCUGAUUACGGAGAAGUGUAAAGCAAGAAGUAUACAAGCAAAGGCAAUUAAAAAAAUCAAAAUCAGUGCCGAAGCAAAAACAAGAAAAAAUUCAAACGUAGGAAGACAAACGGAAUCGUGCUGUAUUGCUUGCGUCCGCUGCGACGCCUUAGUGUAUUGUUUUUCAUUUUAUGUAGAAUUGUUUUUGUUUUCGCACCAAGCGGAUGCGGUGGGCAGCAAUACCAAACCAGCAGAUUUAAACGAGAAAGUGCCUAAAAAGAAGAAAACAAAAACACACACACACACAAAUAUGUGUGAAGAAAGAAAAGACGAGAUCAAAUCAAAUUAAAUGGUUGAAUGUGAGGUGCUAUUUUUGUUGUAUUCGUUUGCGGUGCAUUCACACUUCUGUCGUUGUCGGUAUACAAUCCCUGUGUAUACACUAGAAGCAGCGUCAAUUGCAAAAUCAGAGAAGUAUACUGAGGGGGUAGCAGCAGAGAGCAGCAUGGUAUUUUUUAUUCCUUCUUUUCGUUAAGUGCAUGAAACGUGGUGGGAGUAUGUGUGUGUUUAAUAGCAGCAGCAAGCUAGAAAAAAAAAACAAAGCAAAAUAAAAUCAACGUAAGGCAGGCGGACAAACGUUGUCGACGACACUGAGGCUGCGGCAGUCAGUGUGGCGUUGUUGUUUGAUAGAAUGAUAUCGUGGAUAUGAAUUGAGCGCAAAUGUUAUUUUUGAGCGCUAAUAAAAAUUAUCAAAAACUACUCGAUAGUAUAAUAAAGGUGAAAACUGAAGUAUAAAGAUAUACAGAGUAUGUGCGUGCGUCCUCUAAAUGAUAUUUCUCCAAGUGCUCUCUUGUGAAAAAAUACGAUCUACAAAUUGUGCAUAAAAUUAUAUAAAAAUAUAGCGACCAAAAUAACGACAUACCAAAAUCGAAUAAAAAUUAAAAAAAAAAGUGCAAACUUUUAAGUUUUUAAUUAAGUUUAAAGUAGUUUUACCAAUUAAAGGAUUUAUAUCUGGUAAAAAAAAGAUUUAUUUAAAUCUUUGUUGUUUGAAUAUUGGAGGAAUAAACGAAAUAUAUGCAUAUAUGUUGAGUGGGUGAACAUUGCGAUAUGACUUCUUUGAUAUGUUGCUGCCGAUAACUAAAACCAUCAUCGCAGUGAGAGAUUUAACCCCUAGAAAAAUGGGAUAUGAAAUCGAAAUCUUUCAUUAAAUUAAGAAAAAUCACUACAACGAAUUGACAAACUCGUUAUUCAAUAAUCGUAAGGACAAAAUGCAAUCCCACUUGCUCGUGUAUGAGCUGCAGCAACAGCAACAAAAACAUGAAUAUGAAGAUGAGCAUACGAGGCAGAGGCAAAGGCAAAGACAGCGAAGAGCAAGGCGCACGUCGACGUCAUGGCAGUGGCGAGCAACGGAAGCGAGUAGCGAGACCAUUACCCACAGCAGCAGCAACAAACAAACCAACGACAACAGUAAUAAAGACGAAAGCAGCAGUAGUAGCAGCACUGCCUGCAGCAGCAGUAAUUGGCACGCGAAAAUUGCGAAGCAAAGGCGAAGGGGCAAAAUGCCAAUUGCUACGCAAAUAAAACAUGAAAAUGACAGUGCUAAUUAUUGUAAUUUCAAUAAAAUCAAUCGACGACUGCUAAUUGUCGCUGCUGUCGCCUGCUUGUUGUUGAUAACACUUACAGCUGCAGCAACAACAACGGCAAAAACAGCGGCUGCCAACACUAUCGCCACCGCGACUACGAUGAUAAUAGCUGUUGCGACGACAACAACGAAAGCAAAAACAGCAAGCAGCUUACUGAGCCACACUACAACAAUAGCGACAUUUGCGCUAUACCUCGCGCCUCUGUCGCUAAUUGGUCACAUGCAUUUUACAUUUGCCGCCGCCGCAGCUGUGCCCGCCCCAUCGCCACUAUCAGCACUGCAACAGCAACGUCAACUACAACAACAGCAAUUAUUUGCGAUGCUAACGAAAAAUGGUCAAGGUAAUGCUGGCGACGAGUUGAUUACUGGUGAUGCUGGUGGUAGAACAGGAGCAGGAGUGGUCGCGGGCGGGGAAGAUGUGCCGACAAGAGCAUUAGCUGCAGGAUUCAUACCCAAGCAUCUAUUAGCAUCGGAUGAGGUGGACAAUGCAGACACGUCAAUGGAGACAGCUGGCUUUGUAGCCGAUGAUGGUCAACGUUAUGAGAAGGCGCUGAAAGCACAGGCCACGGCCUCGGUUAACAACAACAAAGCCGCUGGCAUUGUUAAUGACAGUAACGGCGGCGGCCGAUUGUUUGGCGUUGGUGCACCAUCGGCUUGUCCAACAGAAUGCAAAUGCCUCGAUGCAUAUUUCGAUUGCGAUGAUAAACUGUUGGAUCGUGUUCCCACUUUGCCCGGCUACGUGCAGAGGCUCGAUUUGGUUGGCAAUAAACUGAAUAACACGUCCGUGCUGCAGAUAGCGAAUCUAACGGAACUAAUACAACUCACAUUGAAACGCAACCAACUGGAAAUUGUUCCCGUAUUCGUUGGACUCGGCGCUCUAAAGCAGCUCAAUUUAGCUAAUAAUCGUAUUCAGCGUAUUAACAGUGAGGCGUUGGAGGCUUUGCCGAAGUUGAAAACAUUGGAUUUGUCCAGAAAUUUCAUACAUGCCUUGGAGCCGAGUUUUUUUCCACCAAGCAACCGUUUGGCGCAUCUCAUACUUAACUCAAAUGAGAUAAGUAAUAUUGAUGAAGAUGCAUUUCUACAUUUGGGUGAGCUAUUUUACUUGGAAAUGAAUAACAAUCACUUGGGAAUCCUGCCGGCUGGUGUUUUUCGUACACUACACAAACUUCGAAAGCUGUCAUUAAACAACAAUCAACUAGAGAUCAACUGGUCCACAUUUAAAGGUCUCUCAUCUCUGCAAAAACUCUUCCUAAAAUCCAAUAAUAUACGCGCACUACAAGAUGGUGUCUUCUAUGUGAUGCACGCGAUCGAAACAAUUGAAUUGGAUCACAAUGGCAUCACAUCGCUUGGCCGUCAGGGACUCUAUAAUCUUACGAAAUUACAUCAUUUGAGUUUGUCGAACAAUUCCAUUUCUCGUAUUGAAUCCGAUACCUGGGAGUUUACACAAUCACUCAUUUCUCUCGACUUAUCACACAAUAAUAUCAGCGAAUUCAAGCCACAACAUUUGGAUUGUCUAAAACGUUUGCGCCACUUGAAUUUAGGUCAUAAUAAAAUACAAUAUUUGGCAGACAAUACAUUUGAAUGUGUGAAGAAUUUGGAGGAUUUAAAUAUGAGGCGCAACAAACUCGCAUGGAUCAUCGAGGAUCCAGGUGCCUCACCACCGUUCAAGGUGUUGCGCAAAUUGAAGAAAUUGGAUUUGUAUGGCAAUAAUUUGAAACAGAUUGUGAGUAAAUCACUAAGUGGCUUGGGUAGUUUGGAGUCGCUGAAUUUGGGCGGCAACGCAUUGGCCACGAUACAAGCAGGCGCUUUCGACCACAUGCCACGUUUGCAGAAAUUAAGUUUCAAAUCAUUGAAUUUUAUAUGUGACUGCGAGUUGAUGUGGUUCCAACGAUGGCUGAGGCGUUAUAAGCAAUCGGCCGUUGGUGCGCAAGUGCAAUCUGAUAAUGCUGUGUGCGGCUAUCCGGAGGAGUUGUUCGAUCAUCAGCUGUUAGCACUGAGCACCAGCGAUUUAGCUUGUGUCAACUCGCCCAAACCGAACAUUAUACAAGAGCCUUCUAGCCAACUUACUGUGAAGGGCGCCAACAUUACCAUGGAAUGCAUAGGUAUUUCACCCACGGCUGCUUCUUUGGCUGCGGCGGAUGAGCUAAAAAUUAAGUGGCGUCACGACAACCAGAAUAUACGGGAACGCGAGCGCAGUCACUUCACCGCAACACAUCCUAGCGGAACAAGUUCCAAUGGUGGCAGUUAUAGUACAACCGAAACGCGCAUACGUCAAGACCACGCCACCAACGAGACUACAAUUAUCGGCUAUUUGCGGUUAUACAAUGUGAGUUAUGCCAAUGCUGGACGUUAUCAGUGUGUAAUCUCGAAUGCGUUUGGCACAACAUACUCACAGAGGUUUAAGGUCUCCAUUGGAAUUCAUCCAACCUUCCUGCAAGUGCCUUCUAAUCUUACCAUCGAUUCAGGCGAAACAGCGCGUUUAGUUUGCUCAGCGACUGGUGACCCAGUGCCGGAAAUAGCUUUACAAAAAUUUGGUGGCAGUGAUUUCCCGGCAGCGACGGAGCGACGUUUACAAGUUAUACGCGAGGAAAAUGCCUUCGUAAUCACCAAUGCUAAACCGAUUGACACCGGCAUUUAUACAUGUACUGCUGAGAGUGCGGCGGGUGAAAUCAAGGUCAAUGCUACCCUAGUUGUGAAUGACAAACCCCAACCCAAGAUACCAGUUGUUAAGAAGGAAACUGCUGUCGGCGAGUCAAGUGUUUUGCAAUGUCUCAGUGAGUUAGCUGCUGAUUUGACUCAACCCCAUCGCGAAUGGUUCAAAGAUAAUAAGCCAUUCCAUUUGGGUACAAUGAGCGCCGAUAGCGAGCGUUUCUUUUUCACCUCCGAACAUGAACUUUUGGUUAUUGUCAAUACAGAAUCUGCGGAUGCUGGUCAUUAUCGUUGUGAAAUUAGCGACAAUUCAAAAACCUAUACUGUGCAAACGGAGCUAAUUGUGGUUAAGGAGGAGCUCAGUCAAAAUGUAAUAUUUUUCGGCGCAGUUAUUGUGGCAGCCCUUUGUGUGCUCAUCAUAGCGUUGGUCGUAUUUGCAUUAUGUCUGCAUCAGCGGCGCAAAGCGUAUAAACGUCGUCAACGUGACGCUUGCCAAAAUGCAAACAGUACUAGUGGUGCGCCUAGUGGUUUGCUUUCGGGCAGCGUCGGCCUAAUUGGCGGUGGCGCGCGCAUAGCUUCGACCAGCACACAAGUAUUAAACAACAGUCGUUGCAGCGCAUUGGAUCAAACGCAAUUAACCACAUUGAAUCGUACAUUGUUGCGAGACCUGCAACGCCAACGGCCAAGCAGCUAUGCAGAUUAUGCUGUAAACACGGCCAAUGGUGAUGACGAUAUCGAAAACGAGGACUUGGCGCAUGACGACUUUGAGAAUGGCAGACAACAUCAAAAUUUAAUUGUUACGCACACGCCCAACUACCAACAGUUGUUACAGCAACGUGAUGACAUUAAUAAUGAAGACUACGAUACACACUUCAGUUUACCGUACUUAAAACGUAUUUCAUUGCCCGACAACGCAGGCGUUGGCGGUGACCAUACUCAGGACCAUUUGUCUAGCAAAGAUUCCGGUAAUGGUUCGGACACAGCAGUAAAACGUAGUAUCGAUGACUUCACUACGACUGCGUUGUUACCAUCAGCAUCAACUAAUUUGCAACACAAUGCGCUCGAUUGUGCCACAACUCCAGUCAAUGAGACCACACCAACACUAGAACACCACUAUAAUGCUUGCCAUCCUAACGUCCAAGAAAAUUCAUAUCCCACAGAUGAUGGUGGCGAUUUGGACGAUGCGGAUUUACUAUACGCAGCAACACAUGCGCUCGGCGUUUCCGAAUGUGAUGUUGAGUUGUUAGAUUUCGAUCGGCAUAGAGCGGCUACUAUGCGUAUCGACGAUAAAGACUUGCAGGUAACAAGAGAAACCAACGCAGAUGACGACACUGAUGUGGCAAAUGAACGUUCAUUGUUUUUACUCAAAACCAAUUUAAUGCACAAUGACAAUACGAGUGAGCGUAAUAAUAUUGGCAGCGAACGACAACGGGGCUACGAUCGUUUGCCGACAACCUCGAAAAUACACCACUUUGCCGUCAACAACAGCCGCAACAGUUUUGAUGACGGUGAAAGAAAGGCUACAAGCACAGAUACUGCAGCAUUGGCAACAAAUUUGGGCAUACUUAGCGGUAAUUGCAAGGCAAAUUUAAGUACAGCAAACGCAACGAACACCGCAGCGCAUGCGCAAACGGUGGAUAUUUAAGGUAGAAGAUCGAUAAAUGGUAUAAAGGCUAAAUGUUGCAGCAUGCACUCGAAAAUGUGUGCGUAUAUGUCUAGCCAGUGAUUAGUACACCAAAAAAUAAGACUGUAGUAUAUAAAAAAAAUAUUUACAUUGUAAUAUACACAUGCUUUGUUGGGUAUAUUUGUUAUAGAGCCAAACAAAAAGGGUUGCUUAUGGCGCCAAAAGUGUCACAUUGAUACUAGAGCGCGUCCGCUCGGCACACAAAACCCAAACAUGUGCAAGCUUCAUGGUUCCUGCAUUACAUGUAUGAAUUAUCGAGAAUGUUCACUAAGUGUCAUAAACCUUGUGUUACGUAUUAUGUUGCGUUUGCGUUAUUGUAGUACAAAUUUCUAUGAAAUAUAAAACAAAUAUUUGCUGCUCCAAACUACUUUUGACGGUAUGCAAGUGCUUGCGGGUUGUCGGCACAGCCCAUCGAAAUCAGUAUAUAGGUGGCGCUCACACGCGCUCCUACAACGCCACCACGCCACCACCCACCAUUUGAAGCUAAACGCAAGCGUAAUCUGUUUUUGUUACGUGUUUUCUUUUGUAUUUUGUUUGGUUUUUGUUUUUUUUUGUUUUUGUAUUAUUUCGAUGUUGAUUUAAUUAUAAGUUACAGCUAUAAACUAAACUACAUUGUGAUAUUAUUUAUUACGCUAAUUUAAUUUAUUAUUUAAAUAAUUAUUAUUCAUUAAGAUUAGUAUAGAGCAAAAUGGCUAUAGAUAUUAUAUAUGAAAAAAGAAAAGAAAACACACUACUUAGGUAUAUACACAAGUAAGUUGAUGCUGAUAUGUAUGUAUGAAGAGUUUGUAUUGUAAAAUGAAAUUUACUUCUAGUAUUAUAAGUUCAAAGUUAUGCCAAACCACCUUAUUAAUUGCACACAUUGCUUUAGAUAAGUAUAAUUUGAAUCAUCAAAGCCUUAAACAACCUAAUUAAAUUUUAUGUACAUUUUUAUGUUAGUAAGCUAAAAAAAAUAUAUUUUCAAUUAAACUUAUUGCAUGCGUAAGUGAAGCUUUUUAUGUAAAUCAGCAGAGGAUUUUUUUACGGCAGCUAAAUUU